UCAGGUUGUUCUAAGAUCAGGUGACCCUAAGAAAAGCUGCGGUGGUCAACAGUGGACAAGAUGACUCCCAGAGGAGAAAGAUGCGCGGCGGAACCAAGGGACAAUCAGAGUUGUCCCGGGUUCUGCAUGGCUGGUGAGUGACCUGGCCUGCUGAAGGCCAUGAUCCAGACGGUCCCUGACCCAGCAGCUCAUAUUAAGGAGGCCUUGUCAGUCGUGAGCGAGGACCAGUCACUAUUUGAGUGUGCCUACGGAACACCACACCUGGCUAAGACAGAGAUGACCGCAUCCUCUUCCAGUGACUAUGGCCAGACAUCCAAGAUGAGUCCCAGAGUCCCUCAGCAGGACUGGCUGUCUCAAACCCCAGCCAGGGUCACCAUCAAGAUGGAGUGUAACCCUAGUCAGGUGAACGGUUCCAGGAACUCACCUGAUGAAUGCAGUGUGAGCAAAGGUGGGAAGAUGGUGGGCAGCCCGGAUACCGUGGGCAUGAGCUACGGCAGCUACAUGGAGGAGAAGCACAUGCCGCCCCCCAAUAUGACCACAAAUGAACGCAGAGUGAUCGUCCCUGCAGAUCCUACUCUGUGGAGCACAGACCAUGUGCGGCAGUGGCUGGAGUGGGCGGUGAAAGAAUAUGGCCUUCUCGACGUGGACGUCUUAUUAUUUCAGAAUAUUGACGGGAAGGAGUUGUGCAAGAUGACCAAGGAUGACUUCCAGAGGCUCACUCCGAGCUACAACGCCGACAUUCUUCUCUCACAUCUCCACUACCUCAGAGAGACUCCCCUUCCACAUCUGACUUCCGAUGACGUUGAUAAGGCUUUACAAAACUCUCCACGGUUAAUGCAUGCUAGAAACACAGAUUUACCUUACGAGCCUCCCAGGAGAUCAGCCUGGACCGGCCACAGCCAACCCAACCCUCAGUCCAAAGCUGCUCAGCCAUCUCCCUCUGCAGUGCCCAAAACUGAAGACCAGCGUCCUCAGUUAGAUCCUUACCAGAUCCUGGGACCCACCAGUAGCCGCCUUGCUAACCCAGGUAGUGGCCAGAUCCAGCUGUGGCAGUUCCUGCUCGAACUCCUGUCUGACAGCUCCAACUCCAACUGCAUCACCUGGGAAGGCACCAACGGGGAGUUCAAGAUGACAGACCCAGACGAGGUGGCUCGGCGCUGGGGGGAGCGAAAGAGCAAGCCCAACAUGAACUAUGACAAACUCAGCCGCGCCCUCCGCUACUACUACGACAAAAACAUCAUGACCAAGGUGCAUGGGAAACGCUACGCCUACAAGUUUGACUUCCACGGGAUCGCCCAGGCCCUGCAGCCCCACCCCCCUGAGUCAUCCCUGUACAAGUACCCCUCCGACCUGCCGUACAUGGGCUCCUAUCACGCCCACCCCCAGAAGAUGAACUUCGUGGCUCCCCACCCUCCAGCCCUCCCAGUCACCUCUUCCAGUUUCUUUGCUAGCCCGAACCCAUACUGGAAUUCACCAACUGGGGGCAUCUACCCGAACACUAGGCUCCCAGCCGGCCAUAUGCCCUCUCACCUGGGUACCUACUACUAGAGACCAGAUGGAGGCCUUUCCCAACAGUGUACAAUCGCCUAGCGGUCGCCACAAACUCAGAGAACACAAAUCAAAAGUGCCUCGUGAGGAAUGGAAAUGGUUGGCCAGAGCUGGGGAAGGAAGCCAGGGAAAGAAAACCAAAGACUCGCAGGGGAGGGUGGGCACCCCCCAAGUAUUACUACAGAAAUAGAAGAAGCUCAAAAUAGACUGUACGUGGACAUAUAACCUGUGGUCCACCCUCGUCAAAGACAUUGUAUGUAGAGAAGCAUGACCCAUGAGAAAAACUCCCCGAGGAAGUGGCCUUAACUAGUGUACAAACUGUAGAGUGUGGGACUUUGCUUGUGCCUACCAGGAUUCAGUGAAAGCAAUAGAACAGUAUCAGUCUUGGCCUAACACACCAUGUAUGAUGUCAUUUGAAGGGAAACUACCUGUGUUUGAAAACAAACCAUAUCAAAACCAAAGAAGAAGACAAAAAUAAAUAAAUAAAUGAGUAAAUAAAUGAAUGAAUGAAUAAAAUGGCAGCCCCCCCACAGACCACAAUGGCUGUGGACUUUCUUGGCUGGCAUUUGCUGUUUUCGUUGAAAUCAGAUUCAUUCCAUGUGAUAGAGAGCUGACAGCUCUGUCAAACUGUGAAGCUGACCCAGGGACUCUUCUCCUUUUCAGUAUUACCGGAAAUGUGAGCCGUGUGGGUGGGCGGGGGAUGUGCACGUUGUUGUGAGUAUGGGAUUAUGGAAUGGAGGAAGAGGUAGAGGAGGAGGGGGUGAGGGAGGAAGUAGAGGAG